AUGAUCUCACCAAUACCCAUUAAAUUCUAACUUACCAAUAUUAAGUUGUAAUGUAAUGACUAUCUUAUUUUCAGGGCAAAUCAUGAUAAACUUAACAAAUUAAACAUUAUUCAGAAGAAUUGGGAAAUUGAAAUAAUAAAUCUAUCAAUGAGUCCAUAAUUUUCAAAUAUAUUUUCAGAAGCACUUUUGAAAUAUUUAAUAAGUCUAAGAUAGGAAAUCUUAAAGGAUACGGAAGAAUAAAAAAUUAAUUGGCAAUAAAUUUUGAUUUUUUAAAAUGAUAUUAACAAUUAGCAGAUUCAUAAAGUACUCUAAAAAAUCAAGUUUUUUGUCUUAAUACAUAAAGUUCUAUCUUUAGAAACAUUAGAAAAAGAAGUAUUUGAUAAAUUACUUAGUAACGCUCAAAAUGAUUUUAAAUAAAUCGUGUACAUUUAUCAGAGCAUAAAAUUAAGUUGA